AAAUCAUAAGAAAACCUAAUAAACCAAUAGUACUACUCAAGAACCCAAAAAUGGCUGAAGAAGUGAAGCUAUUUGGCAUGUGGGCAAGCCCCUUUAGCCGAAGAGUAGAACUAGCACUGAAACUGAAAGGAAUUCAAUAUGAAUACAUAGAAGAAGACCUCUCCAACAAGAGUCCUCUGCUUCUCAAGUACAACCCAGUUCACAAGAAAAUCCCUGUGCUUGUUCACAAUGGAAAACCAAUUGCAGAGUCACUAGUCAUUCUCCAAUACAUCGACGAGACAUGGAAAAACAAUCCAAUUUUACCUCAAGAUCCUUAUGAUCGAGCCAUGGCCCAUUUCUGGGCUAAAUUCGUUCAAGAAAAGGUCUUACGAACGAUGUCGAAGGCUUAUACAUGCAAACAGGAGGAACAAGAGCAAAAUCGCAAUGAAGUUUUCGAGCAACUGAAGAUACUGGAGAAGGAGCUCAAUGGGAAGGAUUUCUUUGGAGGAGACACAGUUGGAUAUGUGGACAUAAUGGCAUUUGGUAUGGCUGUUUGGUACGGAGUUUACGAAGAAGUGGUUAAGGUGGACUUGAUCCCAGAAGAGAAGUUCCCAGUGAUAGCCAAUUGGUGUAGGAAGAUGAAUGAAAUUGAUGCUGUCAAUGAAUGCCGUCCUCCAAGAGAGAAACAUGUGGAAUAUAUAAGAGCUCGGAUCCAAAACUCUAAAUCUGCUUCCAAAUACCAACCAGUUGUACUAAAGAAACCAAAAAUGGCUGAACAAGUGAAGCUAUUUGGCAUGUGGGCUAGCCCUUAUAGUCGAAGAGUAGAACUAGCGCUGAAACUGAAAGGAAUCCAAUAUGAGUACAUAGAAGAAGACCUCUCCAACAAGAGUCCUCUGCUUCUCAAGUACAAUCCAGUUCACAAGAAAAUCCCUGUGCUUGUUCACAACGGAAAACCCAUUGUAGAGUCCCAAGUCAUUCUGGAAUACAUCGAUGAGACCUGGAAAAACAAUCCCAUUUUGCCUCAACAUCCUUAUGAUCGAGCCAUGGCCCGUUUCUGGGCUAACUUCAUUGAAGAAAAGUUCAUGAGAACACCAUGGAGGGCUUAUGUGGGCACGAAGGAGGAACAAGAGCAGGCACGAGAAGAAGGGUUUGAGCUACUAAAGAUGCUUGAGAAUGAGCUGAAUGGGAAAGAUUUCUUUGGAGGUGAAACAAUUGGGUAUGUGGACAUUUUCGGAUUUUCUUUAGCUGUUUGGCAUGGUGUUGUGAGAGAAGUUUUUGGGGUGGAUUUGAUCACUGAAAACAAGUUCCCAGUCUUUCUCAAAUGGAGUAGGAAGUUCAAUGAAAUUGAUGUUGUCAAUGAAUGCCGCCCUCCAGUGGAGAAGCAUAUUGCUUACAUGAGAGCUCGGAUUGAAGCAUUUAAAUCUGCUACCAAAUGAAAAGCUGUAUGGAUCCUUGAUUUGCAGGACACAUUACUCUGUUUUCCCAACUUGUGUUGCUGAUUUAGCUCUCGGAUAUGAACUAUAACGAGUAUGAAUAAAAUCCCUGCUUUUCUGACGUAUAAA